AUGGCGACUACCUCCCACAUGUUUAUGUAUUCCCUGACGAUCCAGCCUCCAACUGCCGUCACUCAAGCUGUCUUGGGUCAAUUUGCUGGAACCAAAGAGCAGCAGGUCAUCACAGCCUCUGGCUCCAAGCUCACCAUUCACCGGCCGGACCCGACCUUGGGAAAAGUCACCCCAAUUUUCUCUCAAGAUGUCUUCGGCAUCAUUCGAUCAUUGGCAGUGUUUAGGUUGGCUGGAAGCAAUAAAGAUUAUCUGAUCAUCGGCUCGGAUUCGGGUCGUAUCACGAUCGUUGAAUAUGUCCCCUCUCAGAAUCGCUUCAACCGAAUUCAUCUGGAAACAUUUGGCAAGUCUGGAGUCCGUAGGGUUGUCCCGGGACAGUAUCUCGCAGUCGAUCCCAAGGGACGUGCUUGCCUCAUCGCCUCGGUGGAGAAGAACAAGCUGGUCUAUGUUCUCAACCGCAAUUCCCAGGCUGAGCUCACCAUUUCAUCCCCCCUCGAGGCCCACAAGCCCCAGACAUUGGUGUUUGCGAUGAUUUCCUUGGAUGUCGGCUACGAUAACCCCAUAUUCGCUGCUCUCGAAGUGGACUACUCAGAGGCCGAUCAAGAUCCUACUGGCACAGCUUACCAAGAAAUUGAGAAGGUCCUGGUGUACUAUCAGCUGGACCUGGGACUCAACCAUGUGGUCCGCAAGUGGUCUGAUCCAGUCGACCGUACUGCCAACAUGCUCUUCCAAGUCCCUGGGGGUGCAGAUGGUCCAAGUGGUGUUUUGGUUUGCGCUGAAGACAAUAUCACCUACCGUCAUUCAAACCAAGAUGCAUUCCGGGUCCCCAUCCCCCGUCGCAGUGGCCCUACAGAAAACCCCGAGCGAAAGCGAACCAUCGUUGCGGGUGUAAUGCACAAAAUGAGGGGUGCCUUUUUCUUCCUCCUCCAAACCGAGGACGGCGACAUAUUCAAGGUUAUGCUUGAUAUGGCCGAAGAUGACAAUGGGCAAAUGACUGGCGAGGUCCAGGGUCUGAAGAUCAAAUAUUUCGACACUGUCCCUGUGGCAUCGAGCCUUCUCAUCCUGAAGAGCGGUUUUCUUUUCGUUGCCAGUGAAUCUGGCAACCAUCAUUUCUACCAAUUUGAGAAACUUGGCGAUGAUGACGAAGAAAUUGAAUUCAGCAGCGACUCCUUUUCUGCUGAUCCUUCCGCCCCAUAUGAACCAGUGUUCUUCCACACUCGGCCAUCAGAGAACCUGAACUUGAUGGAAUCCAUCAACUCCCUUAAUCCAUUGAUUGACAGCAAGGUUGUCAAUCUCACAGAGGAUGAUGCCCCGCAAAUUUAUUCUGUUUGUGGCACUGGUGCCCGAAGCACAUUCCGAACCCUCAAGCAUGGGCUAGAAGUGUCCGAGCUGGUAGAAUCAGAGCUGCGUGCAGUUCCUUCUGCUGUGUGGACGACAAAGCUCACUCGGUCUGACGAGUACGACAGAUAUAUUGUACUGUCUUUCACCAACGGAACCAUCGUUCUCGGUAUUGGCGAAAUCGUUGAAGAAAUCACCGAAGAUUCCGGAUUCCUUUCGACAGCCCCUACCUUGGCUGUCCAACAGCUCGGCGAGGACUCUCUCAUUCAAGUCCACCCUCGCGGAAUCCGUCAUCUCCUAGCGGAUCAUCGAGUUAAUGAGUGGCCUGCUCCACAACAUCGUUCUAUCGUUGCUGCUGCAACCAACGAGCGCCAAGUUGCCGUCGCCCUCAGUUCCGGCGAGAUCGUCUACUUUGAAAUGGAUGCCGAUGGAUCACUCGCAGAAUACGAUGAUAGGCGUCAAAUGUCGGGCACAGUCACUUGUCUCAGUCUUGGAGCGGUCCCUGAAGGUCGUGUCCGCAGUUCUUUCUUGGCUGUUGGCUGCGAUGAUUCCACCGUUCGCAUUCUCAGCUUGGACACGAAGAACAUGCUUGAAAACAUGUCUGUUCAGGCCCUUACGUCGGCACCAUCGGCGCUGAACAUCAUGUCCAUGGCCGAUUCUAGCUCAGGGGGCACCACUCUAUAUUUGCAUAUCGGUCUUUACUCUGGUGUAUAUCUUCGUACUGUUUUGGACGAAGUGACCGGUGAACUGUCUGAUACUCGCACUCGAUUCUUAGGAGCAAAGCCUGUCAAGCUUUCUCAGGUUUCUGUCCAAGGUCAAACUGCCGUGCUGGCCCUGAGCUCUCGAUCAUGGCUUGGAUAUUCUGAUGUUCAGACCAAGAGCUUCAUGCUCACCCCGCUGGACUACGGUGGUCUGGAGUGGGCUUGGAAUUUCUCUAGUGAGCAAUGUCUGGAGGGUAUGGUUGGUAUCCAAGGCCGCAAUCUCCGGAUCUUCUCCAUUGAAAAGCUCAACAACAACAUGCUUCAGGUGUCAAUUCCCCUAGCCUACACCCCACGUCGCUUCGUGAAGCACCCUGAUCACCCUCUCUUUUACGUUAUUGAAUCCGACAAUAAUGUAUUGGCUCCUGCAACUCGCGAGAGCCUUCUUAAAGACUCAGGGGCUCAAAAUGGUGAUGCUGCGGCUUUGCCAGCUGCCGAAUUUGGCUACCCACGUGGAACUGGUCAUUGGGCAUCUUGCAUUCAAGUAGUGGACCCGCUUACCUCUAACGAGGUCGUUUUCACUCUUGAUAUUGAAGAGAACGAGGCGGCUGUCAGUGUUGCUGUUGUUCCCUUCUCUAGUCAAGAAGAUGAAACAUUUUUGGUCGUGGGAACUGCCAAGGACAUGGAGGUCAGCCCGCCCAGAUCCAAGGGUGGUUUCAUCCAUAUCUAUCGCUUCCAAGAAAAUGGUCGCGAAUUAGAAUUCAUCCACAAGACGAAGGUUGAUGACCCCCCGCUUGCUCUCCUCGCAUUCCAAGGCAAGCUCUUAGCCGGAAUCGGCUCCAUUCUCCGCCUGUAUGAUCUCGGUGUGAAGCAGCUCCUGCGCAAAUCACAGGCUCCUGCGGUUCCCUCCACCAUCGUCGGACUUCAAACCCAGGGUAGCCGUAUUGUGGUCAGUGAUGUGCGGGAAAGUGUGACAUUCGUGGUCUACAAGCAACAGGAAAAUAUCCUGAUUCCGUUUGUGGAUGAUUCUAUUGCGCGCUGGACCUCUUCCACUACUAUGGUUGACUACGAAACUGUUGCUGGUGGUGACAAAUUCGGCAACCUGUGGUUGUUGCGAUGCCCCAACAAGAUCUCCGAAGAGGCGGAUGAGGAUGGAUCUGGUGCUCAUCUUGUUCAUGAGCGAGGUUAUCUGCAGGGAACCCCGAACCGUCUUGAACUGAUGGUACACUACUAUACCCAAGAUAUCCCGACCAGUCUGCACAAAACCCAGCUGGUGGCGGGUGGUCGGGAUAUUAUCGUCUGGACCGGCUUCCAAGGAACGAUCGGCAUGUUUGUUCCUUUUGCUAGCCGUGAAGACGUUGACUUCUUCCAAAGCCUGGAGACGCAGCUGGCUGCGCAAAACCCUCCAUUGGCCGGUCGUGACCACCUAAUCUACCGCGGUUACUACGCACCGUCUAAGGGCGUGAUCGACGGUGACCUGUGUGAGAUGUACUUCCUGCUGCCCAACAACACGAAGAUGAUGAUUGCCGCGGAGCUUGAUCGAUCUGUUCGGGAGAUCGAGCGUAAGAUCUCGGACAUGCGAACACGAGUGGCAUAUUAA